AUGGCGAAGACACCGGAACAGAGGGCUCGGAGGAGCGCCGCCAAGAAGAAGAGGAAGCUCCUCCGCGCGGCGAACUACGGCAGCCGUGCCUCUGCCCCUCCCGCUGCGGAGAUGGAGAAGAAGGAGGCGGCCGAGGUGAAGCAGAUGCGGCGUCGCGAUUCCAAGGACCUCAUUCUCUUCGGCACCAACGCCUCCUCCUACUCCGACUCGGAUGCCGGCGGGGAGGAAAUCCCCGACGUGCAGAGGCUCCUGGAGCCCUACACCAAGGAGAAGCUCGUGGAAUUCCUCUGUGACGCCGCCAUCGCGGACUCCGGGAUCUAUUCCCGCAUCCGCGAAGUGGCGGAGCGCGAUGUGUCCCACCGCAAGGUCUUCAUCCAUGGCCUCCCGUGGGAUGUGACGAAGGAGACCCUCUCCAAGGCCUUCUCCUCGUUCGGCGCCGUCGAGGAAUGCAACGUCGUGGCGGACAAGGCCACUGGCCGGUGCAAGGGCUACGGCUUCGUGCUGUUCCAGUCCAGGUCGGGAGCCAUCAGGGCGCUGGAGCAGUCAAACAAGCAGAUCGGAGGUCGGAUGGCGCACUGCCAGCUCGCGUCCGUGGGGCCGGCGACCUCCUCCGCUGGCUCGUCGGGGCACCAAGCCGGUACUGCUGGACGGAAGAUCUACGUCAGCAAUGUGCACGCUGAGGCGAACGCCGAUAAGCUGAAGGGGUUCUUCGCCAAGUUCGGGGAGAUCGAGGCGGGGCCGAUGGGAUACGACGUGGUGACGGGCAGAUCGCGGGGGUACGCCAUUUUCGUGUACAGAUCGCAGGAGGGAGCUCGAAGGGCGCUGGAAGAGCCUUACAAGAUGUUCGAAGGGCACCGGCUGCACUGUCAGUGGGCAGCGGAGCCUGCCAAGGUGAAGGAUCUGUUCUCCACCGCAGCAGGUGGUGCCACAGUCGCUCCCUCCGCGGCUGGGCUGGUCGGAGCUGCACCUCAGCCAGUGCUCGCUGCUGUGGUUGCUGCUCAGAACCUCUCCCUGUACAAUCCCACGGCCCCGGCGUAUGCGGCACUCUUGGGUCAAAAUUCUCUGCUGGCAGCGGCCAUAGGGAUGAACCCAGCAGCAGUGAGUGCGGCUCUGAAUCCAUUGGCAGCAGGUCCUGCUUUGUUUGGAGGGUUACCUGGUUACGGCGGCAGUUCUUCACUGCUUGGGGCUUACAGGACUCAGAUGACAGCGGGAUUGCACGAACUGGAGUUUGCACGUUCGUCGCUGGGACGGCCAGGCAGUUCAUAUGAUGGCAUGGGAUCUUAUUCAUGGUAA